UGUAGAUUUUUAGUAAGGUCUGUGACCAGGAAGUGUGAGGUCUCCUACUUUGUUCUUCUUCUUCAGUAAUGAUUUAGCUAUUUCAGGUCUCUUUCCUUUCCAUAUAAAGUUGGAGAUUAGUUUUUCCAUUUCAUUAAAGAAUGUUAUUGGGAUUCGGAUCAGGAUUGUAUUCUAUCUAUAGAUUGUUUUGGGUGGUAUGAUGGUUGAGAUUGCACGUCAACUUGGCUGGGCCGUGAUUCUCAGUGUUUUGACAGUUGAAUAAUGUGAUCACUUCCCUGUUGAAAUUUGAUAUGUGAUCACCCCCAUGAUGGAAUCUGCUGAGUGGUACUGGAGGGGGCGGAGCCUGUGGCAGCUCACUGUCCCUUCAGCCUUCAUCUCUCCACCCUCUGCAGCCUACUUCCUUCCUGCUUGCCUUGCCAAGGCUUUUGGCCUGUUCUAGAUCCAGCAGCUGCCUCUUGUCUAACCUCUGGUUUUUGAGACUUAAGCUACCAGCUUACCUACUGAUCUUGGGAUUCAUCAUCCUUCACAGCCUACAAGCAAGAGCCCUGCUCCCCAACUUGCCGAUCAUGAGUUCGCCAGCCUCUGCAGCCUCGUGAAUAGGGGAAACCUUGCAGUCUUGCCUGCCGAUAUUGGAAUUCGUCAACCUUCACAGCCUGUGAGUGAGACCCCUGCUCUCCAACCUGCCGAUCUUGGGUUCACCAGCUUCUGUGGCUGCGUGAAUUGGAAGAGGCAUCUAUCCUGAACCACGGACUUGGAACUUAUCCGGCCUCUAAAAUUGCAUGAGGUGUUUCCUUGAUAUAAAUCUCUACAUGUAUAUUUAUACGUUUUACUUCUCUAGGGAACCCAGCCUAAGACGGGUGGUAUUGACAUUUUCACAAUGUUAAGUCUUCUGAUCCGUGAGCAUGGUCUGUCUUCGCAGUCUUCGUUAUGACAUUACGGUGGUCUCCCAGGAUGGAUCUGUGCAAACACGAUUCGUUGCUGAGGAAUAUUUUGAUGGAAAGUUAUUCCUGCAGUAUGACAGUGAAAAAGGUAGGGCAGAGCCCCAGGGACCAUGGGCAGAAGCCCAGCUGGGAGCUGAGACCUGGGACUUAGAGACCAUGGGCUUUACAGACAUACGUAUGGAGCUCAGAAUGACCCUGUUCGACAUCAUGAAGCUGCAGGAUCAGAAAAGAGGCUUGGAUUCCCUCCAGGAGACCCUGGGCUGUGAGAUCCAGGAAGAUGAUGGCCCCGGGGGCUUCUGGAAUUACUGCUAUGGCAAGGAGCAUUUCCUCUGCUGUCACCUGGAGACCAAGAGAUGGACAGUGCCCCUGUCCUCGGUGCAGACGUUGGCAUUGGAAAUGAGGAAGACCUGGGAUGUAGAUAGGGAUAAACACAAAUAUUACGGUCACCAUGUGGAGGGAGAUAUUUGUAAAAGGCUGCGGAGCUACCUGGACUUGGGGAGAGACUUCAUGGGGAGAACAGAAAAUCACACUGACCCAGCUUCAGGAUGGGGAACCCCUGAGCAAGGACUCCCAGGAGUCUGGGAGUGUCCUGUCCAGUGGAAAUGGGACCUACGUGAUCUGGGUGUCCACAAGUUUUCCUCAAGGGGAGGAGCAGAGGUACAGCUGCCAUGUGGAAGACAGCGGGAAGAACAUGACACACCCUGUGAGCCAUGUGUCUCCAGUCCUCAUGAGGAAACCAAGAAAAAAACUCACGAUCCAGGUCCACUGGUUGGCCCCUGAGCCUCCUGCCUAAAGCCCCCUGGGGAGCCCCUACUUAGAGCAGACAUGUGGGCCUUGAGCAGAGAACACGAGCAGCUACAAGACCUACACCUACACCAGAAGGCAAGGACAGACCACAAUGGCACUGUGUACCUGGGCUCUCAGUCUGUGCUGUCAGCCCCUGACUGCAUUGGUUCAAGGAGGGGAGCAUGGAGUCUUCAGCUUGGUACUUUGGGUUCUACUCCUAGCGUUUUCCCACUAGGAAUCUCAGGUUCUUCAUCUGUAAAACGGAAAAGUGAAGCACUUAUAUCCUUGUGUAGUUGGGAAGAUAAAAAGAGUGAGUUGCUUGUAGCUGCUCCAUGUUAGUUGACAUUAUUUCUGUCAUUGUUAGCAUAAAUUAACUUUGUAUAUAUUUCCCGUUUCCAUUAUGGGUUCCUUCUGUAUAGGAAUCCUACCUCAUAAAAACCCAGAAAGUAUUUCUUUUCAAUUUUAUAGGACAGGAAAAAAAAAAAUGAACCCAUUUUUUAAUAAUUUGCAUGUUUAUUCCAAUUAUGUACAGAUAUUUGCAUAUGGAGCUCUGGAGGCUUAGCGGUUAAGAGCAUGGCUGCUAACCAAAAGGUCGGAAGUUUGAAUCCACCAGCUGCUCCUUGGAAACCCUAUGGGGCAGUUUUACCCUGUCCUGUUGUGUCGACAUAAGUCGGAUUCAAUUCAACAGCAACAGGUUUUUUUGGGUGUGUGCAUGCAUAUACUGUUCAAAUAAAGAUAAGGGUAAAAUUGACUUUUUAAUAAAAACAACUAAUGUCAACUAUUUGGUUUUGAUAAAUUUAUUGAAGCAAAUUUUCUGAGUUUGUGGAAAAAAUGUAAAGAAUAGACACAGUCGGAGAACAGUAGUGAUGUCAGUAUGCCUCCACCCAGUAAGAAUUCAAAAGGAAGUGAAAGGCUGAGCCUGAAUCUCUGACUCUUGUCUCUUGUACUUCUUGUGACUAUUUCUGGCUUUUGCAUCUGCACUUCCUCGUAUUCGGGUUGCAACAUCAGCCGUUUUCUGAUUCUGUCCAUAUCUCGCAAGUUCUGGUUUUCAGAGAAUAUUUAUUAGGCUACAGCAAUUGUUUUAGUGGAAAAUAUUUGACUUUUCCAUCUCUGGAAGGUUUCUGCCUUUCAAAGAAUGGGCCGGUAACUUGAAAUUUGCCUCCAAAAUUGGAGGGCGCCGACAGACUGAAGAAUGAGGCAGGCAACACUACUGUCUCUGUGAAGGAGUUUAUUAGGGAGUUUUAUUAGUCAGUGCCCGGUGGCAGCAGAAGCAAAAUAGAACUCCACGUUCCAGAGUGGGAGGUCAGAGGUUUUAUAGUUGUCAAGGGAAAUAGUGGUUACAAGCCUGGGAAUUCCACAAGACUACCUCAGCAAGAUCACAUAACAGGGCCUUGCAAACAGCAGCAAACUGACAAAAACAGCAGUGAACUAACAUAAAUCCUGAGGGCAGCCAAGUUCAGCCUUUCAAGCCCUGUUUUCCCCUUCACCACCUAACACAGCUUCCAGCUUUUACUUUUAUUUUCUAUUGUCUCACAAUCUGAGAAAGCUGAACGAUAAAGAAGGAAGACCAAACAAGAAUUGAUGCAUGUGAAUUAUGGCGUUGGUGAAGAAUACUGAAUAUACUAUGGACUGCCACAGAAGGGACAAAUCUGUCCUGGAAGAAGUACAGCCAGAAUCCUUCUUAGCAACAAAGAUGGCAAGACUUUGUCUCAUGUACUUUGGACAUGUUAUCAGGAGGGCCCAGUCCCUGCAGAAGGACAUAAUGCCUGGUAAAGUAGGGUCAGCAAAAAAGAGGAAGACCCUCAACCAGAUGGAUUGACACAGUGGCUACAAUGAUGGACUCGUGCAUAACAAGGAUUGUGAGGAUGGUGCAGGACCGGGCAGUGUUUUGUUCUGUUGUACAUAGGGUCACUUUAAGUUGGAGUUGACUCGACAGCACCUACGACAACAACAUUUCUUUUCUUUAUGUCUGAUAUCUUUUUUGUUCCUGAAUUCCUCCAACACUGUCUUUUGUGUUUAAUUGAUUUUUUCUAGUGUAUCAUCUUGAUCCCCUCUACAAAAAGUGGGUGGGUAUGGUUGUUCUAGACUAAAGGUGACUAAAGAGGCACAAUAAAAUGCAAUAUGAGAAUCUUCUAUGAAACCACGUUGGAAAAAAAUACCUAUAAAGACCUUCUGGGAAAAAUCGGGAUAUUUGAAUAUGGAAAGGGCUUUACAUAGUAUUCGGGAAACAUUGUUGAUUUUCUUAGGUGUAAUGAUAUUGCAAGGACAUAGAUCCUUAUUCUUAAGGAGUUGUGCAAAUGUUUUGUAAGUCAGUUGUUGUGAGGCCUGCAAAUUACUUUAGAAUGUUUUGGUGGAAAACCUUAAUCUGUCUUCAUUCUCUCUCUCUAGAUAUACAUAUAGAAAUGACCUGUCAGUCAGUCUAUCUAGAUACACACACAUAUAUACUAACAUCUAUUUAAAUCAUUAAAAAGAGUUUAGGCAAAUAUGACAAAAUUUUAAUAACUGUUGAAUCUCAUUGUACUAUUCUUCCCACUUUUUUGCACAUUUGUAGAUUUUGAUAAGUUGGAGAAAAAGAGAGAGAGAAUGCAUGCUGAAUCUGAAGAUCCUAGGUGAUGUGUUCCACUGGGAAAGCCACUUAAUCUUUCUGUAUGGUGGAUGAAUUUCUUGCCUACAAAAUAAAGAUACAAGAAAAACUUUUCUUGCUUAACUUAGAGAAGCAAUUCUCAAAGUGUGGCCUGUGGACCCCAGGAAUUCUUGAAUCCCUUUCAGAAGGUCCAGGAGAUUUGACAGUAAAACGUAGAUAUUAUUUGCCAGUUUCACUGUACAUUUCUUUUCUUUAUGUCUGAUAUCUUUUUUGUUCUUGAAUUCCUCCAACUUUUCAAUUGAUGGUGCAUAUGCCAGGUACAUGAAACACUUGCCACCUUUGUUGUCUUCAUCAUUUUGUGCGGGGAGUUCAUUCCAAUAUAUGGCGACCCCAUGUGUCACAGAAUAGAACUGCUCCGUCGCGUUUUCAUGGCUUUAAUCUUUAUGGGAGCAGAUCACCAGGCUUUUUCUCCCACAGAGCCACUGGGUAGGUUUGAAUGGCCAAUCUUUCUGUUACCAGCCAAGGGCAAACCAUUUGCAUCACUCAGGAACCUAGCCACAUACCUUAGCAGGAAUCAAGACAGUGGUACCAAACUGUACUAGUAGUCGAGGUAGUCUUUGCCACCACCAUUCACUACCAAAAAAAA